UUUUCGUUAGAUCGAUUUAGUUGGAAGUUGUACUAAACGAGAUGUGGCAGAAGUUAAUAUUUGGUCUAGUGCUGGCGGUCAUUGGUGGUCAACAGUUUGUGAACGGCCUGACCUGCUACAGCUGUAAUUCGCCUGCUAGCUGUGUUAGUCCCAGCCCUCAGGUUUGCUCUGAUGCAACAGCCCACGAGACCACCGUCUGGCUGAAUACCAUUCACAAAUUUGUGCCCGUCGUCGGCAGCAGCAACAGCUUCUCGUGCAUGAACCUCACAUAUUACUUUGAAAACAACAGGUCCAAGAUCCAUGAAUAUCUGGGCUGUCAUCACCCCGACAUCCCUGUUUGUAUUCUACCAUUAAACGCAUCUAACAGCGACUCCUGGAAGAAAGGCUGCCUCAGCUGCGAGGCGGACAAAUGCAAUCGCAAUCCGGCGGCCACUUCUAGCCAGAGUCUCUACAGCAUUAUGAUCACAGCUAUGGCCUUGAUCGUAGCUAAAUUUGCCUUCUAGAAACAAAACAAAACAAAAUAUUUGUAAAUCGAAUCCAAAUAUAAAGAAUGCACAACGCUAGAGUCGGGAAUGCCCGACUAGCAGAUAC